AGUACAUAGAACAGCUGAGGUAGCGUUCAGUUUCAGCCCCAGUGCCAUUAUGAUGGAUGUUUACAUCUCUUCAUUGAGAGCCAAUUAUCUCGCUUUUGUGUGAGGCCCAAGGAUCACUCAUGCUGCCAGGCUGCACAGAGCACUGUUGGAUCUAGCUGAACGAAUUGUUUUCCCUGUCUCUGUGAUAUCAGUAUCAAUGUCAGAAUUGGGGAGCUACUUCUGCUGAGGCACAUGUAUCAGCAUUUUCUGUACAGGACAGAUUAUGACAGCUUCUUUCUUAAGGUUCCACGUCCAGCGUGGAGCCAAAUGUGGGGUGUGAACUCACAACCUUAAGAUCCAGAUCUGAGCUGAGAUCAAGAGUCGGAUGCUUAACCAACUGAACCACCCAGGUGCCCCCAUGAUAAGAAAUUUUUAAAAAGUAUUCUACAUAUAAGAAGCUCAGGAUCUAAAGGGCUGGGAAGAAGUACAGGGUGAAGAUAUCAUAGUGCUGAUCCAAAAGAAUUACUCAAAUACUCUCUGCCUCCUCCACCUGCCCAGGGCUGCUCUGCUGUCUUCCAAGAACCCUUCCUCCAGAAAUGAUAGAAUGUUUAAAUUUUGUCAAAUGAAGCAUAUUUUUGAAAUACUUGAUAAAAUGAGAUGCCUGCGAAAACGUUCCACAGUGUCAUUCUUGGGAGUUCUUGUCAUUUUCCUUCUCUUUAUGAACUUGUACAUUGAAGACAGCUAUGUUCUGGAAGGAGACAAACAACUUAUAAGGGAAACAUCCACACAUCAACUGAAUUCAGAACGUUAUGUGCAUACUUUCAAAGACCUAUCUAAUUUCUCAGGAGCCAUCAAUGUCACCUAUCGCUACUUAGCUGCCACACCUUUACAAAGAAAGCGGUUUCUUACAAUUGGACUUUCAUCAGUGAAACGAAAAAAAGGAAACUAUUUACUUGAGACAAUCAAGUCAAUUUUUGAGCAAUCCAGCUACGAAGAGCUGAAGGAAAUUUCGGUGGUGGUUCACCUAGCGGACUUUAAUUCAUCCUGGCGUGAUGUCAUGGUCCAGGAUAUUACACAGAAAUUUGCCCACCAUAUCAUUGCAGGAAGAUUAAUAGUUAUACAUGCUCCAGAGGAAUAUUACCCAAUCCUGGAUGGCCUUAAAAGAAAUUACAAUGAUCCAGAAGACAGAGUCAGAUUUCGUUCCAAGCAAAACGUAGAUUAUGCUUUUCUGCUUAAUUUUUGUGCCAAUACUUCAGACUAUUAUGUAAUGCUUGAAGAUGACGUUCGAUGUUCAAAAAAUUUCUUAACUGCCAUCAAGAAAGUCAUUACCUCCCUAGAAGGAACCUACUGGGUAACUCUUGAGUUCUCUAAGCUUGGCUACAUUGGAAAACUUUAUCAUUCUCAUGAUCUCCCACGUUUGGCACACUUUUUAUUAAUGUUUUAUCAAGAAAUGCCUUGUGAUUGGCUAUUAACUCAUUUCCGGGGUCUUUUAGCUCAGAAAAAUGUGAUCCGUUUUAAACCAUCUCUCUUUCAGCACAUGGGUUAUUACUCAUCAUAUAAAGGGACUGAGAAUAAGCUGAAGGAUGAUGAUUUUGAAGAAGAGUCAUUUGACAUCCCUGAUAACCCUCCUGCAAAUCUAUAUACCAACAUGAAUGUUUUUGAAAAUUAUGAAGCAAGCAAGGCGUAUAGUAGUGUUGAUGAGUACUUUUGGGGGAAACCACCUUCAACAGGAGAUGUCUUUGUGAUUAUAUUUGAAAAUCCAAUUUUAAUUAAAAAAAUUAAAGUGAGUACUGGAACAGAAGAUCGACAAAAUGACAUUUUACAUCAUGGAGCCCUAGAUGUUGGGGAUAAUGUUGUAGAUCUCAAACAAAGUAGACAAUGUGUUACUUACUUAAGACUAGGGGAAUUCAAAAAUGGAAAUUUUGAAAUGUCAGAGGUGAAUCAAAAAAUUCCAUUUGAUAUACAUUGUAUAAGGAUAUAUGUUACCAAAACACAAAAGGAAUGGCUGAUUAUUAGGAGUAUUAGCAUUUGGACUUCUUAGCCAAUUAAAUCAAUAUGUCCAGUUACUGAAGCAGGCUUUCCUGUUUCCUUUUUUGCUACCUUCCUCUUUUGCUACUUUUGUCCUUUGGAGGGAAUGCAGUGGAUGGGGUAUUUUCAAAGAAAAAUCUAAUCAUUUUGGCUGUUUUGAUUUACUUAUUUUCAAGAUAAUUUUACUCUAAUCCACACUUGUAUUUAUUUUAACUCCUGAAGUUGAGUAUCAGUCUAUGGUUAAUGCUACUUUCAUUUAUAUUUUUAGUGUGAUCAUGUUAGUUCCAAAAUUUCAACUAAGUGUCAAAAGGACACAUGAAGGAUUUAAAAUGAGAAAAUUUAGUUUGUUAAAUGUUGAGUCUUGGAAAACAGUUGCCAGCUGUAUAUACUUCCUCAAGAAUAUAUAUCAGAUAGCUUUUAUUAAGCAUCUGAGUGAAUAUGCAGUUGGUUAGAAUGAUAAUGUUUUUUUCUUGUAAACAUAGGUUUUUAUAGACUUCUGUACAUCUACAAUGAAUACCUCCUCAUAGAAGUGAUGUCUUUACAACAGAAUUUUGUGUGUAGGUGGAGUGAUGGAAAGAAAAAAAUGACUUAAAAAGAUUUCUCCCCCGAUUAUUUAUAUAAAAAGGGGCCUUGUUCAUUGUAUAAAAACAUUUAAUUGAGCACCUAUUGUUAAUAAAUUUUCUGUGGGAAGCAGUCUUUUUCUAGAUUCCCUUUUGCAAAAAGAAUAGUUAUGCUCAAUAUUUUCAAGUUAUAUUGGGUACCUACAUUUAAUAGGAGAAAUUAGAGAAGGCCUAUCGUUAGUUCAUUCUUACAAACAUUUUCAGUAUAUACAGAAAAAUUUUUGAAAUUGAUUUUAUAUGUUUUGUAUUAAAAUUCAUAUAAUUGAAAUUGUAAUCUAUCAUAUGCUUUUUUUUUGAAGUUUAAAUGGACAUCUUAUAAAAGAGAAAAGUAGGAAACAUAGAAAUCAGUUGACUUUUCUAUAUUCAGAGCUAGUUCAUAGUAAAGCCAAAGUGAGAGAUCAGUUGUUCUGAUAUCCAGACCGUGCUCUUUCCCUUAUGUACAGAUUGCUGCUCACAUAAAUUGUGCUUUCUGUUGGCCUCUCCAUGAGUCUCAGAUAGUAAGUAAGCUAUCUAUAAUUCUUCCACGAGUCACAUUAUCAUUCUGUGGAAGAAGCCUAAAGUGUCUGAAAUUAUCUCCUUGUAUAUGAACCCACAUAGCGAGCAAACUUGACCAACUUUUACUAUAAGGGACCGGACAAUCGUGUCUAAACCAUGUCCUACUAAAGCGUUUCAGGACACCUUUGUGCACCAUAAAGACAUUGGUUGUUCAGAACGUCCUGAACUUACCUGAUCCUUUCUCUCUUUUGACAAACAGCAAAGAUGAAGGGGUUUACUAUGAAGACAUGAAAAGUACUUCAUGCAUAUUUAUGGAGAGGCUCAAAUACAUACGUUCAUAGAGAUUGGAAAAUAUUUCAUUCACUUUAUCCAAAGUGAUUAAAUUAGAAACUGGUAAAAAUUUGGGAAUUUUUUUAUUGAUACAGUAGCUACUGUGUAUUUUCCUUGCACCCAGUUGCUAUAGUAUAAUAAAGAGAUAAUAUGAAUCUAUAAAUAUUAAUACUUUGUUUCAUAAAGUCUUAAAAUCAGAAAAAAAUGAACAAAUGAAUACUGCCACAAAACCAUAAUCUUUGCCUUGAUUUGGAGGAUAUUUUCCAGACAUUUAAAAGUAAUCUAUUUUCUUGGCUUUUCUCAUCCUCUUUCAUUAACUGGCUAGCUGUAUAAUAUUCUACAUAUUUCUUAGAAAUUACAAAUAAUCUUUUUCCUGCACUUUCAAUGACAAAAGGUACACAACAAAAACAUGUAAUGUCCAGAUGAGGCCGACUCCAAGAAGUGAUUGUAAACUUUACGGAGUCUAAAUAGUUUCUGAGAGUGUUUUCAGAGACUAGCCAUUGACAUAAACUUCUGGAAAAUGCUUCAAGAAAUGUUGUUGAGGGUAACAAUGAAAUUGAAUGUUUGCUUGAGAAUUAUAAAAAUGCAAAUGUGAUAUAAAGGGGUUACAUUUUUUCUGAAACUUGAUCUUUUCAUUAUGGAAACCAGGUUUGAGUAAGCUGGUCAGUCACCUAAGGAUGUCUUUAUGUUUUCUUUAUAAAUUGAGCGGAGGUCAACUUUUAAGGAAAGAGUUUGACAAAGCUUCUACAGUAAAGAACAAGGGGACAAAUAACCUUUCUCUUUCAAAAAGAUAAUCUGACCAAAUAUUCUUUACAUGAGUUAAUGUUGCAUUUCCUGUAUUUAAAAAUUCUGAAUAAGGUUCCUGUAGUCUUGUUUCAGAGGCAUAGAUCAAAAAGACAGUUACAAGUUUUUAUUAUAUUCAAUCUGUUAUGAAGCAUUAUAUGUGGUCAAUGUCUCUCUCUGCAGUAAGUUUUUUAAAAUAUAUGAAGUAUUCUUUGUUACAAAUAUCCAUCAAAAAACACUGGAAUGUAAUACAAAAGUUGAGUUAUUUAAUUACUGUGUAAAUAAGACGCUGACAGGGUUCAAGCACAAAAUAUGGCAUGUACCUUAAAUAAUGUCUCAAUUUGUUUACUUUAAACUGACUAAAAAAGCUUAUUUACAUUUAAAAUUCUUCUCCUUAAGGGAGCCUUUUCGGCAUUUAUAAACAUCAAAGAAAAGCAUUCGUAAAAGCACAAUAAAAAUAUGGAAAUUAUA